GAGCAAUCGUGUUCAGCCCUUCGUAGUGAGACAUCUUCGUGUUAAAGGAUCUCUGUGAGUUCUUCUUCUUGAAGGAUGGCAGCCGGCAGCGCGUGGAGGUCACUGGUGAGCCAUGUGGUGGGCGGAGCCGCGAGGAGACCCGCCCCACGGGGCGCAUUCUUCUCCAGAGGGCUGCAGACCGUCACUCUGAUUCCUGGAGAUGGAAUCGGCCCAGAGAUCUCCACUGCUGUCAUGCAGAUCUUCGACGCUGCUAAGGCGCCGAUCAGGUGGGAGGAGAGGAACGUCACGGCGAUAAAAGGACCGGGCGGCAGGUGGAUGAUCCCUCCAGAUGCCAAGGAGUCCAUGGACCGGAGCAAGAUCGGCCUGAAAGGACCGCUGAAGACGCCCAUCGCCGCGGGACACCCCUCCAUGAACCUGCUGCUCAGAAAGACCUUUGACCUUUAUGCCAACGUGCGGCCCUGUGUGUCCAUCGAGGGCUACAAGACGCCGUACACCGACGUGGACCUGGUCACCAUCCGGGAGAACACGGAGGGGGAGUACAGCGGCAUCGAACACGUGAUUGUUGACGGCGUCGUUCAGAGCAUAAAGCUGAUCACAGAGAACGCCAGCAGACGGAUCGCAGAGUACGCCUUCGAGUACGCCAGGAACAACCAGAGGAGCAGCGUGACGGCCGUGCACAAGGCCAACAUCAUGCGAAUGUCCGACGGGCUGUUUCUGAGGAAAUGUCGGGAAGUGGCCGAGAACUAUAAGGACAUCAAGUUCGCCGAAAUGUACCUGGACACCGUGUGCCUUAAUAUGGUUCAGGACCCCACGCAGUUCGACGUCCUGGUCAUGCCAAACCUGUACGGAGACAUCCUGAGCGACCUGUGUGCCGGUCUGAUUGGGGGACUCGGCGUCACUCCCAGCGGGAACAUUGGGGCCAACGGCGUCGCCAUCUUUGAAUCGGUGCACGGCACCGCCCCCGACAUCGCCGGGAUGGACAUGGCCAACCCCACCGCCCUGCUGCUCAGCGCCGUCAUGAUGCUGCACCACAUGGGCCUCCAUGAUCACGGAAAGAAGAUCCAGACGGCCUGCUUCGACACCAUCCGAGACAAGAAGGUGCUGACGAAGGACCUCGGAGGGAACUCAAAGUGCUCCGAGUUCACGGCUGACAUCUGCCGCCGCAUUCAGGACCUGGACUGAGGGCGGGGCCUGACCUCCUGACCAUUCUUCCGUGCAGCUUCAGUGUCGGUCCACGCUCUCCUCACACACUGACGACAGGAAACCCAGAGGAGGUGGAGCUUCAUGUCCUGUCCUGCGUAUCAUGAAUGUGAUGUCAUCAGGAGUGCCGACGUGUCCGAUCAGCUUUGGCGUUUUGUCUAUGGCCUUUGACCACAGCGGGGUGCACUUAUUUAUUGUUUCUGCUUCCUGCCGGCGAAUUCACAAAUAUAUCUUCUACAACCAAA